AUGGAAAAAUUAGCAAAUCUAACUCAACAAGAUAUUAAUAAUGGUGUACUUAAUCGUAUGCUUGCUAAUGCAGGUAUUUCUGAUGUUCCAGAAUAUGUAAAGCAUUUUCAUCAAGAAACAGAAGAAUUAUUAAUGGAAGAAUUCGAACAGUCUGAUAGAAAUAUUGCCCAUAAUGAUGAUCAAAUAGUUCCCUCAACGGGUAUUCAUAAUUGGAUCAAAGGUUUACGACCUCGUUUGGAUGCUCCUAUUCAAUCGACAAUACCUGAAGAACAACAACAAAAACAAGAGCAAUUACCGACUGAUAUUCAAGGUUGGAUUAAUGGUUUAAGACCUCGUUUAGAUGAUCCAAUUCAACCACCUUUACCUAAACAACAAGAAUCACAAAAACAACAACCAACAGAUCUCAACACUUGGAUGCAAGGAAUGAUACCUAGUGGUAUGCAUCCUCCUACGGACAAUACUGCAUCAAAAGCAACCAAUACUUCUAGUGAUGAUACUGUUGUAACUGGUAAUCUCGGAACUUGGCUUAACGAUUGGUCAAAAAGUCUUGGUGAACAACCACCACCAAAGUCUUUAGCGGAGUGGUUACACAGUUUAAUACCUAAAGAUAUGCAUGAACCAAUUGGAAAAGCAAACACUUCUAAAGGUCGAUUAAAUAGUUAUUUGAAUGCUGCUGAAAAAGUACUCUCUGAACAUGGCUAUGAUGUUUCAAAUGAAAUCAAACCUUCUACUAAUGUUGAAACUAAAGUUGGAAUGUUUGGAAAUGUUAAACAAAUGUAUUUUCUUUGGAAAACAUUAGAUAAAAAUGGUGAUAGAAAAAUUACAGUUGAAGAUGUUCAGAUAAUGCUUGAAGAGAUGGGUCUUGGUUUUCUUAGUAAAUAUGUAGGUCAAACAUUGUUUGACAUGAUUGAUUCAAAUCAUGAUGGUACACUUCAAUUCCGUGAUUUUAUUGCAUUAAUGAGCAUCAUCAAACAAUUGAUGACUGCCGUUGCAUCAACAAAAGCAUAA